AUGCCCUCCUCUUCAUCCGCCCUCUCCCGGCCCCUCUUAGCCCCGCACCCCGAAGUUGAAGACGAUGGACAACAUGAACGACAGCAGGAUCACGAUCCCUCCCCAUGGUCCUCCCCCUCACCCCCCGAAUCCGCCCACGCCCGCCUUCGUCAACAAGCCCGCGAACUCCUCUCGACCCGAGCCAAGCACUAUUUCAUCCUGACACUCGUAUCGCUCGACGUGGUAGCCAUUCUGGUGGAUUUGUUUGCUACUCUUCUGGCGUGUGAUUUACGCAAAGGAGGGGGACAGGUGGACGAUCCACAAGAAGGAGUGCCGGGGUGGGUGGGCGGCACGAGGGAGGUGCUGCACCCGCUGGCGUUGGUGUUUAGUUGCGCUUUUGUGGGAGAAUUGGGGGUGACGGUUUGGGCUUUUGGGUGGGGAUACUUCCGCGACUGGUUCCACUGUUUUGAUGCGUUUGUGAUUCUGGUUAGUUUUGGCGUGGACGUGGCCACGCGCGGGAUUGUGGAGGAUAUUGCGUCCAUCGUGAUUGUGCUGCGGCUGUGGCGGCUGGUCAAGAUCAUCGAGGAGGUCAGUGUCGGCGCUGCGGAGGGGAUGGAGGAAAUCGAGGCGCGGGUGGUGGAGUUGGAGAGGGAGAAUGAGGAAUUGAGGAAGGAGAUUGAGGAGGGGAAGAGGAGGUGA